AAGAACAAGCUCCUGCCUGCUGUGGUGAAUGAGCCAGCUGCUCUGCCCCGACCUGCUCUGCACCCGGGACACUUUGAGAACACUGCCCAGGAGCCGUGUGCUGCCAGAGAGGAAAGGAGAGAGCGAAGAAGUGUUGUAUUCAUUUGAGACCAAAUACUGCCAUUGGGUUCCAUCCAGUGGGAAGUUCUCCUUCUGGUCAUUGUAAUCAUCAUCAUCAUCAUCAUCAUGAUCAGCAAGAUGGCGGCACGAGCGGAGUGGUGAGAACUGAGCUCCAUUAUGAGAGCAGCUUCAAAGAAACCGCCCCUUCCUCCCCCUUCCAAGAGAACCGUCUCCAUCCUCUCGUUCCUUGCAGUCCUGGUUCUGCUCCUGGCCGUUGCACUGGUUUCAGUGACUGUCCUGUAUUUCCUGCAAGAGAGGAAGCUCCAGGAACGAGAUGGAAUCGCUCGGAAGUCCAGCGACAUUCUGCAGCGCUGCAACGUCUCUUAUGCUCAACUGGAGGAAGCCGAGAGUUUCAAGUUGUUGGGUUGCUCUGAGAUCCAGGCCUAUUUGGAGAAUGUCACAGGCUCAUUCACAUCUCUACAACAGCGUUACAGCGAUCUCAUGAGUUUUGUCUCCGCCGGCUGGAAUUUUUACAAGGGGAGUUUCUACUUCUUUUCCCAAGAGGCUAAGACUUGGCAGGAGGCUGAAGAGGCCUGCAUGUCGCACGGGGCCCACCUCACCUCUGUCGCCUCCAAGGAAGAGAUGGAAUAUCUUCGCGGAAAGACCAGAGGGAUAAUGUUUUGGAUUGGACUCACUGAUCAAAAGGAAGAAGGCAACUGGACUUGGACGGACGGCACCAAAUACAACCACGGCACGAGUUUCUGGCAUUUCGGACAACCUGAUAACUGGCAUGCAGCACCAGAGCACCAAGAAGACUGUGUGCAUUUGAGAUACGACGAUUCACAGCCAUGGAAUGACAUCACCUGUAGAGAUCAAUAUAGAUGGAUCUGCAAGAAGGUCUUCUCUUGAGCAGAAAAAAGUAACAACUGCCUCUUUGGAUUCCACUGGCCAGUCCAUAAAAGAACCCUCUCCAGGGCUGCUAAACUUUCUGCAAUUUGGUCAAACUCUUUUUGAAAGGCCAACAACAUGUCUCGUGGACUGAUCCAACUCUACAGAUCUGUUAUACAAAUCCGUCCAAAUUUUAGAGCAGCAGAAAGGAAAGGCUUUCCUGUGCAGCAGCCAUGCUGCUUCUUCCUCAGCAAGGCUUGUUCUUCUUUCCACCAAUUCCCCCGGUUCAGAAGGUUUGGCUGGAGAAUCUUGCCACUUACUUUUCACCUUUAUGACAGACAACAUUCACUACUUAGUUUAUAUUAGAUAUAAUCAGAAAAUUAAAGUUAAAUUUAUUUUAUUUUAAUGAAAGGAUUUUUGCUUUGUGUUGGCAUGCUGUACUAGUCUGGAUUGGUUUUGGGGUGUUUUUAAGGGAGAAAAACUGGGCAAGAAGAAAAGCUCUCCCUGCACAUGCACGCGUGUGCACACACACACACAAAUAUGCACUUUGUGCAGUUCAAAAGACUAGGAAGAAUGCAAACACAAUACCACUCUAAUAGGAAAUUGUCACUUCAGAAUUUCUGCCGUAUGUGGAGGGCUCUCAUAAGAGUAGGGUUGCCAGCCUCCAGGUGGUGGCUGGAGAUCUCCCGGAUCUCCAGGUGACAAAGAUCAGCUCCCCUGGAGAAAAUGGCUGCUUUGGAGGGUAGACUCAAUGGUAUUAUACCAUUCUGAUAUAUAAUACCAUUCUAGUAUUAUACCUUCCUCUUUCCAAACCCCACCCUCUCUAGGCUCCACCCCCAAAAUCUCCAGGAAUUUCCCAACCUGGACCUGGCAACCCUACAUAAGAGAGUAAUGGGUCCAAAGCUGAUAAGAGUUGAGAACCUACUGCAUCCAAAUUAUUGGCAAAGAAUGGCAAGCCACAGCAUCUAUGAGAAUAUAGAGAUGGCUGAAAACAAUGGAAAGAUCACUGACUCCAACGUAACUUUUCUCUUGCCAUUUUAAUAGCAGUUUUAUAUAUGGCUGCUUGUGAUAUUAAAGAUGGUCAGGCCUCUGGAGUUAAAAUGGCUGCGGUGUUGCCACUAGAGAGCCUCUAGCAGGUGCUGAGCCCCACCUGGGAGAACUGGCAUGCAUGGAAUGCUGCACAGGAAUACGGCGUGAUUAAGAGACAAUUGGACCUUCCAGCCCCAAAGGUGUCCAGUGCAACAAAGGUCUCGCAGAGUCAUCCCCACUUAACAUGUUCCUUUCCCUUCUUCCAUGAUGAGAUCUCCUGUCCUUGACUGAGGAACUAAUCAAAUGACAUUCAUAAGUAUAUACAGUCGUUCCUGGGAAAGUACAGUCCCCACCCAAAAUCCAUCAAUUUGGCUCCGGUGGAAUUCACUAACAAACUAUCCCUUUUGUGCAGCACUAGAACACGUUUUGCAUUUGCUUUCACGCACCCCGGCAGCUACCAGUCAAGGUACUCAAACCUUUUGUCAAACCCAGGAGCUGACCGUUGGGAGUCUUUGUUCUAAUGGCUGGGUGGGCUCUUCCACCUCAGGGCACAUUUUACCUAUAAAGGUAGAGCCCUGGCCUCAUUCAAAUUGUACACGCUUCCUGAUCCACAAGCACUGUUCCCUUGAGGUUUACCCAAGCCUCUUGCUCUCUUGGCCGAGGACGCUGGCCAUUCGAAGCUACUCUCUUCUCCCGCAGACUGGACCCCUCUUCAGGAUAGGUAGAUAUUUGCUCCCUCUUUCUCUAUUCCCAAUUUCUGACUAAGCUUCUUAGGACUCUGUGUGUGUGUGUGUGUGUGUGUGUGUUUUUACCCCACAAUCCUGCAUGCAUGUACAUGUCAUUUUGUUCUUAAUAAAAGUUAUUGUUGGACCUUAAGAA